AUGUUAUUUUUAACUAAACUUCUUCUUAAAAAUUUAAAUAUUACUACUUUUAAAAAUUUGAACAGAUCUGUUUAUAGAAAAGUAAACGUGACUCCUGUCGACAUUUCAUUUACUCCUAUCUACAGGUUCCCUUACACCCCUCUUUGUUCAGCCAUAAACAAGUUUAAAAAAAUUCAACUUGGUAUGGUUGUAGUGUCUAUCCCUACUACUUAUUUUUGUUACAUAGUAAACCUAUGCGGAGUCCAAAUUCCAUUGGCAUUCUCAACUGUGGGGAUCGCAUCAACCAUUGCUUUGUUUUCUGUAGGUCAGUUAUUCUCUAGGCUUAUUGGAUAUGUUUAUGUUUCAAGAAAUCAAAAACAAAUAAAAUUAGCAUACCUCAAUUUUUGGGGAAAACGGAUAGAUAUAAUCUGUGAUAUAAAAGAUGUUACACCACUAGAUGACAACCCUUCUUCAUCCAUAAAGGACUUCCUUUAUAAAACUGUCUGGAUUUCUACUUAUGACAAACCACUCAAGAUCAAUUUAAGUAAUGGUCAAAUCUUAGAUGGUGAUCUUUUCAAACAUUCAUUUUAUAAUACUAAUGAAACAGGUUAUUACUAUAAAACCAAAUAG